AUGCCUCGCAUCCUGAUCAAGGGGGGCGCGUGGAGGAACACGGAGGACGAAAUCCUCAAGGCGGCCGUCAUGAAGUACGGAAGCAACCAGUGGGCGCGGAUCGCCUCCCUGCUGCACCGCAAGUCCGCCAAGCAGUGCAAGGCCCGCUGGACCGAGUGGCUCGAGCCGAGCAUCAAGAAGACGGAGUGGGCCAGGGAGGAGGAAGAAAAGCUGCUGCAUCUGGCCAGAAUCCUGCCCUGCCAGUGGCGCGCCAUCGCCGCCGUGGUGGGCGGUAGGACGGCCGCGCAGUGCUUGCAGCACUACGAGCGGCUCCUGGACCGAGCUGCCCAAAGGGACGGGGAAGAAGACGCGGCGGACGAUCCGCGGAAACUUCGCCCCGGAGACGUCGAUCCCAAUCCGGAAAGCAGGCCGGCCAGACCCGACCCCAUUGACAUGGACGAGGACGAGCUGGAAAUGCUCUCCGAGGCCAGAGCCCGCCUGGCCAACACGCAGGGAAAGAAGGCCAAGAGGAAGGCCAGGGAGAAACAGCUGGAAGAAGCCAGGCGCCUGGCGGCCCUCCAGAAGACCAGGGAACUGAGGGCGGCUGGCAUAGAGCUGCGCAGGAAAAGGAGGAAGAAGAGGGGAGUCGAUUACAACGCCGAAAUCCCCUUCGAAAAGAAGCCGGCCCCGGGCUUCCACGACACCUCUGCAGAAAGCCUUCCGGGCCUCGCUGUGGACUUUCACACGCUAGAACGGCGAGAUCUCGAUGCCGAGCUCAGGUCGCAAAGAGAAAGUCGGGAGAGGGAGAAAGACAGGCGAGGCUGGAAAAGGAAAAGGGAGUCCGAUUUGCCGGCAGCGAUUCUUCAAAGUUGCGGAGCCCCAGAAGCGACUAAAAAGAGGAGCAAAUUAGUGCUCCCCCCACCCCAGGUUUCAGACGCCGAACUUCGGGAAGUUGUCAAAAUUGGCCAAGCCUGGGAAAGCGCCCGGCAGGUGGCCGAGGAAGGGGGCAGAGGGAAUUCUGCUGCCAGUGCUCUUUUACCCGACGAUUAUCAGCGCGCCCACAGUAGGGUGGCUCUGAGCACCCUCAGAACUCCAGUUACUCAAGACCGAAUUCUGCAAGAAGCCCAGAACCUGAUGGCUCUUACCAACGUGGACACCCCCCUGAAAGGUGGUCUUAAUACACCCCUGAAGGAGAGUGCCUUCUCUGGGCAGACCCCUCAAAAACAGAUCGUUCAGACGCCAAACACAGUCUUGUCUGCUCUAUUCAGGACUCCUUCUCAGGGAGCUGAAGGACUGACACCUCAGGGUGGGAUGGCUGUUGGCCCUACCCCAGGCAGAACUCCUCUAAGGGACGAUCUUCACAUAAAUCCCGAAGAGGGAUGGGCAGAUGACAGCGAGCCCUCCUACGGGAAGCAGAUGGAAAGAAUAUCUGGGGAACAUCUCCGGUUAGGCUUCAUGGGCCUUCCUGCUCCUAAGAACGACUUUGAGAUUGUUCUACCAGAAAAUUUUGAGAAGAACCAAGGAGACCAGGAGUUGGAGGAGACUUGGGUAGAAGAUGCAGCUGAUGUGGACGCUCAAAAGCAGGCUAGCCAAGAUGCAGAACGGGAAAAGGAAUUCCAAGAAAUGCACGGAGCUGUUCAGAAGGAUCUGCCAAGACCUUCAGAAAUCAAUGAAACUGUCUUCAAACCCUUGGAUGUAGACACGCCACUAACAGAUCUACAGAAAGCUGAAGAACUCAUUAAAAAGGAGAUGAUUACAAUACUUAAUUAUGAUAUUCUGCAUCAUCCUUAUGGAGAACCAGCUGGAAAGACAAAGGGGGAAAGUAUAGCGUUUGCAAAGAAGAGUAACAAACACAGAACUUGCCUAGAACACAACUCUUACAAGAAAUUCUCCAAAGAUGAACUGAAGAAGGCUCAUGACCUUCUGACACAGGAGAUGGAAGUAGUCAAGCAAGGAAUGAGCCAUGGAGAGCUGUCAGAUGAGGCUUACAAGCAGGUGUGGGAAGAAUGUUACAGUCAAGUUUUAUAUCUCCCUGGGCAGAGAAGAUACACAAGAGCCAACUUGGCUAGUAGAAAGGAGAGAAUUGAAUCCCUUGAAAAGAGACUGGAGAUAAAUAGGGCUCACAUGAGCACAGAAGCUAAGAGAGCUGCAAAAAUGGAAAAUAAGUUGAAAAUUUUGCUGGGUGGCUACCAGUCUCGAGCCAUGAGACUGGUGAACCAGUUGAAUGACUUAGGGAACCAAAUAGAGCAAGUUCACUUGGAGCUCUGGACUUUUCAACAUCUAAAGGGACAUGAGGAUUCAUCGAUUACCAGGAGGAUGGAACAUUUAAAAGAAGAUAUCCAUAAGCAGCAAAUAAGAGAAAAGGACCUUCAACAAAGAUACUCAGAUUUGCUGCUCCAGAAAGAAGCAUUAGAGUCAAAAUACUGA